CGGAGGAUGCGGUAACAGGGUAUUUAAUGCUACUGGAUCCUAACGCAUAUGUAACCAGAUAUUUAGAAUACCCAAAACUUUAAACAGAUUGCUACGAUCCGCCGAUCCUGCGUUGAGACGCGAAUCACUCAACAAAUACAUCGAUGAACCGCUGAUCGUGUCCAGCCCUAUAAGUACUUCACACGCCAAUCGCAAUCCUGUUCAGCGUCUUUUUGCGUUUAUCCAACAACAUCCAGAAUGACAACUUGCGAUAUACUGUACACCGCCGACGAAGCAAGUCUUCCCGCGAAUCUGCCAACGUUGGAAGAAAUCGAAGCUGCAACGGAAAUCCUUAGCGACAGAACGCAGUGCAAGGUCGUUGGAAUUGGGGUUCACUUUGUUGUCAAGUAUGGAGCUCAGGUCGACAAGCUCGAGGGAGAAACUACGCUUUUCUUAGGGCAAUCAACAUGUGUUCCAGUCCCACGAGUCUACGCAUUGUUCCAGACCCCGUACCGUGAUAUAAAGAGAACUUACAUCAUUAUGGAACGUAUCAGAGGUCCUACUCUAGCUUCUGAGUGGCCAAAGAUGAAUCGAGCGUCAAAAGUGGCUGUUUCUGCCAAACUCCGGAUUAUUUUCGAGGAUAUGCGAAAGUUGGAAUCUCCUGGUGGAUACUGCAGCCUUAGCCACCAAGGACUACCGGAUGGUCUUUUUUGGACGAUGGAUCCAUCAAAGCCAUUUACUGGUCCCUUUGAUACGGAAGAGGAGCUCAAUAACGCCAUGGUUGCGAAGCAGCUUCAAGAUGGUUGCUCCAAACACCAGGCCAAUUACUUUGCGCGUACGUACAAGGAGUUCUUUAUCAACCAUGCGCCUGUCUUCUCGCACGGAGAUUUCCAAAGAAAGAAUAUUAUGAUACGUAAUUCUCCCAUGGUAGAGGGCAAGGAGGCGCAGUGGGAUGUCACCCAUCCAGACAUUGUCAUUAUAGACUGGGAGUACGCGGGCUGGUAUCCAAGCUAUUGGGACUACGCGAGAGCUAUAUAUGCUUGCGGACGAUGGGAGGAUGACUGGAACGAAUGGGUUGAACAAUUCUUGGAGCCAUUCCGAAACGAGUAUGCUUGGAUGGAGCUUCUUCUCAGGAUACUAUGGACAUGAAGUUGUGUGGAGUAUGAUGUUUCCUAGAGCGCAGGAGCAUUUAGAUGUAACAAAUGCGGUGUUACGUGGCCACGAUCGAAGCUUGUGUAUAUGAUAAUGGAAGGAGAUUGAGUCGCAGUCAUUGAAGAGGGAUAUGCCUACCUCGAAAAUCAGAGUACCAAACCCUAAAAGACUGUUAGGGAUUUCAAGUGCGCCGUGACGACUUAACAAUAUACAUCAG